AUGAACAACAACCAGUCGAAUUUGACAAGUCUCCCUUCGUCAGCCUCCUCCUCCUCAGAAAUAAUGGAGGCGGAGUGCACUGUGAGGGAGCAAGAUCGGUUUAUGCCGAUUGCAAACGUGAUAAGAAUCAUGCGUAGAAUCUUGCCUCCUCACGCCAAAAUCUCGGACGAUGCAAAGGAAACCAUUCAGGAAUGCGUUUCGGAGUUUAUCAGCUUCAUCACGGGGGAGGCCAACGAGCGCUGCCAGCGCGAGCAGAGGAAGACCAUCACAGCUGAGGACGUUCUCUGGGCCAUGAGCAAGCUCGGCUUCGAUGACUACAUCGAGCCUCUCACACUCUUUCUCAACCGCCAUCGCGAUUGCGAGGGGGAACGCAGCUCGUCCGUUCGCGGAGGAGAUCCCUUUCUGUUCAAGCGGGUUGAUCCUAAUGCCUUGGCUGCAGCCGCUUUUGGACCAGUUUUCCAUUUGGCAGCCCAUCAUCAUCAUCCUCAUCCUCAUCCCGGAACAUCUUCCUUUUUUGGGGCUGCUGUCGGUCAUACCUACUUGAAGGAUUCUUCUGGGCCGGCCACGGGGCCCUCUCAGACCGGUCUUGAUCCUUAUAAUAACGCUCAUGCUGCUAACAACAAAUGA